AUGACAGAAAUUAUCGGCCUGUCAUGCCGCUUCCCCGAAUCAAACGGGCCAGCGGAGUUCUGGACCAACCUAAUAGACGGAACGGACAUGCUGACCACUGACGAUAGGCGAUGGCCAAUUGCGUUCCAGGGCCUCCCUCCCAGGUCUGGAAAGGCUCCUGGCUUCGACAAAUUCGACGCGGCGUUCUUCUCAGUCCACGGCAAGCAGGCACAGAAAAUGGACCCUCAGCUACGCAAGCUCUUGGAGGUCGCGUACGAGGCCUGGGUGGACGCUGGUAUAGACUUCCGCGCACUGCGAGGCAGUGAGAGAGUGGGAGUGUAUGUGGGCAGCUGUGGGUCUGAGAUUCACGCUCAAUGGGUGGCGGACAUCGACAGCAUCACCGGCUACGAACAAGCGGGCUGUGCACGUUCCAUGUUCGCCAACCGCCUAUCCUGGUGGUUUGACUUCCACGGCCCCAGCAAGUGCAUCGAUACAGCUUGCUCCUCCUCUCUGACGGCGUUCAACGACGCAAUCAGCGAUUUUGAGGCCGGCCGCAUCGACUAUGCCAUGGUCGGCGGCACAUCUGGAAUCUUCAAGCCCCAGACAUCCAUCGCUUUCCAGCGGCUGCACAUGCUGUCCCCAGAUGGCACGUGCAAGUCCUUCGAUGCAUCGGCUAACGGCUAUGCGCGCUCGGAUGGGAUUGCGGCUGUGGUACUACGGCGGCCGGGCCUGUCUGAGGCCCCUGUCUGGGCCCCGCGCCGCCCCUAUGCGCGCGUGCUGGCCUGCGCGACCAACAAUGACGGCCACACCAAGGAGGGAAUUACAUUCCCAUCCGGGCCUGCCCAGAAGGCCCUGGCACAGCAGGUGUGCGCAAAGGCAGGGCUUGCACCAUCGGCGGUGGGCUACAUAGAGGCGCACGGCACAGGCACAGUUGCCGGAGACGGCCAGGAGCUUGGCGCGAUUGAGGAGUGGUACGGCCGCGCCGGGGCCCGUACUCCUGACAAUCCAUUACUCAUCGGCUCUGUCAAGUCCAACAUGGGCCACUGCGAGGGCUGCUCCGGCCUGGCAGGACUGAUCAAAGUGCUGCUGUCAUAUGAGCACCGGACGCUGCCAGGCAACCUGCACUUCAAGGAGCCCAAUCCCAGCAGCGCCGGCCUCAGGGAUGGAAUACUCAAAGUCAUCACCGAGCCCACAGCAUUUGAGGGGAUAGCUGCCCUCUCAAACUUUGGUUUUGGAGGCACGAACGUCCACCUGCUGCUCCAGGGCGGUGGCUGGCAUGAGCCGGUGGCAGCACCAGUUGCUGCUAGCGAGCAGAGCCGCGCAGCCACUGGCAAGGUCAUUCCACUGGCCUGCCGCACCCAGGAGGGCAUGGCCGAGGUGGUGAAGAUCCUGCAGGGCCUGCCAGGCGGCGAGGAGUCAGUGGUGGACCCGAUGCGGUGCUGGGCCAACAGUUGUGGAGGGAGCAUCGCGCGGCUGUCCAUGAGAGGCACACUCAUUGAUGGCGAGCUGCGCUGCUGCCAGGCGCCCACAUCCGCUCCGCCCGUCUGGUUCAUCUUCACAGGCAAUGGCAGCCAGUGGCCCAGGAUGGCCGCGGAUCUCAUUCAACAAAACGCCACAUUCAGGCGCAGCAUCGAGGCCUGCGCUGCAGUAAUUGCCCCGCUGGGUCUUGAUUUGCUGGAAGCGCUCGAUAGGGAGGACGGCUUUGUCAACAACUGCCUGGCUUCUGUUGGUCUUGCCUCUGUCCAGGUGGGCUUGGUGGAUGUGCUGCGAGAGGAGUAUGGAAUUAUUCCCGGCGGUGUGGUGGGCCAUUCUGCGGGCGAGACGGCGUGCGGUUACGGGGACGGCUGCUUCAGCCGCGAGCAAACCGUAAUGGUCGCCUACCACCGCGGACGCAUGUGCCCCGACCACGGCAUCAGCGGCGGCCUCAUGGCAGCUGUGGGACUAGGCGCCGAGGUGGCGGAGGCGCGUCUGGCGGCGCAUGGCAAGGACUCCUGCGUGAUCGGCUGCGACAACUCCCCAAUAUGCACCACCCUCUCAGGUCCGGAGGCGGACCUGAAGCCGCUGUUGGAGCAGCUGAAGGCGGAUGGUGUAUUUGUGCGAGAGCUGGACACGCGCGGCCUGGCAUACCACUCCCCCAUCCUGCAGCCACACCUGCCAGAGCUGCAGGCUGCGCUGGAGGAGGUUGUGCCGGAGCCCAAGGAGCGCUCGGCCACGUGGCUGUCAUCCUCCUAUGCAGUGGACAAUGACAGCACGGAGGCCCGCCUGUGCUCCGCAGCCUACCAGACGCACAACUAUGCGAGCCGUGUGCAGUUCCGGCAGGCAUGCGGAAGAAUUCCCAAGGGCGCAAUCCUUCUGGAGAUCGGCCCCCACGCGCUCAUGCGGUCGUUCCUGCACCAGAACCGCGCUGAUCUGCACUAUGUGCCCGCCAUGCGCAAGGGCAACAGCGCCGUGGAAACUCUCAAGGCGGCCGUCGCCGAGCUGUGGCGCAACGGCGUCUCCGUCAAGUGGCCUGUGGCCUGGCCGGCGCCCUCAGCCGCCCACGAGCUGCCGCGGGCGGUGCGAGAGGCCCUGGUGUCCUGGGACCAUGCAGUUGAUUAUCCGCUGCCCACAUUCAAAGACUGGACGGCUGCGCGCGGCUGCUCCGGCUUCAUCAAGACUUACAAACUAGGCGGCGAGCACGCAUUUCUGGCCGACCAUAUUGUGGACGGCCGCAUCCUCAUGCCUGCGACGUCAUAUCUGGUAGCAGCAUGGGAGGCGCUGGCAACGCAGCAAGAGAAGGCCAUGGCCGAGCUGCCGGUGGCGUUCGAGGAUGUGUGUAUCCUGCAAGCUGUGCAGGCGCAGCCGGGAGACAACAUCACUCUCUCUGUGCUGCUGGACCGCAGCCACCGCUUCCAGGUGCUGCAAGAGACAGACGUCAUCGCAGAAGGGUGCAUCAAGCCGCACUCAGCACCCGCACCUGCCAAGCAGAAUUGCACAGCAGCUGCAACCGCCGAGGCGCUGGCCAACAUCGUCAUGCCUGGAGGGGCCGAGGCAGCCGCUCCUGCCAAGACGUCCCUGCCGGAGGGCCGCAUCCCCUGCCGGUCUGGCAUCCAGUAUGGGCCCCACUUCAAGAUGCUGCAGAAGCGUUGCAUCGACGGCACGGCUGCUGUCCUCAGGUGGGACCAGUGCUUCAUCCGGCUGCUGGAUGGCAUGCUGCAGGCAGGUGCGCUAGGGAAUGCCACAGACACCACCCUGCGCAUCCCCACCAAGAUCCGCCACCUGGAAAUCCUGGACCCCAGCCCAGCCAUCCCCGCUGGCUCUCAAGUCAUGGUUGACGUGGACGCCCGGUUGGGCAUCUGCCGCACGGUCAUCUGCGAGGUGGCCGGGGUCGAGCUGUCUGCCGCCCCGCGCCGACCCGCCAGCUACAAGACAUUGCUCAAGAAGACAGACUUCCUGCCCUACGGCGAGCACCCGGACAGGGACACUGCGCGGCUAGCCUACUACAGGCAGAUCCGCGGCUACCUCAGGCCCAAGGUCGAACCGGCCAUUCUAGCACAUGCCGCCACCUGUGCUAACGGCAUGCCAGACCACCUGCGCAAGGUGUUGGCGCUGCUGGAAGAUUUCAAGGAGCCAGCGCCUGACGGCGCUCAGCUGGAGGCGUUCCUAUCGGCGCCCAGUCACCACCUGGCACGCCUCAUCCGCGAUCUUUUCUCUGAGGAGGCCUCCGCCGCCACCAUGCAGAGCCCAAUUCAGGCAAUCAUGCAGCACGGGGAGCACAGUCAGCUGUACGCGCAGGACCCACUGAUGCAGGGUUUCCACGCGCGCCACAUCAACCACAUGCUAGACAUCGUGUGCGAGAACCAGGGCCAGGCCGGCUUCUCGGUGGCUGAGAUCGGUGCUGGUACCGGUGGCUUCACCCGCCAGGUCUUUGCUGAGCUCAAUCAAAGCCCAUUCUCAGAGCUGCGUGGUUACACUGCCACAGACAUCACCCCUGGCUUUGGGCCCAAUCUGCUGCAGAUGAUCAGCAACCCCAAGCUGGAUUUCAAGACAUGGGACGUCAACAAGCCGGCACCUGCGUCGCUGGGAGGUCCCUUCAACCUAAUCCUGGCAUCAAACGCCCUCCACACCUGUGACAAUAUGGCAGACGCGCUGGCAAACGUGCACGCAUCUCUGGCGGACGGCGGCUUUGUGCUGCUGUACGAGACCACAGCAGCGUUCACCGCCUGUCUGUGGGGCUUGGACGAGCGAACCUGGAAGUUCACUGACGAGCGUGAGUACGGCCUCUGGAUCGCCAAGCCGCGCUGGCACCGCCUCUGGGCCGAGGCCGGCUUCACCCAGAUCACCGAGCACUGGUGCCCGCAUGAGUCGGGGGCGUUGUUUCUUUAUCGCAAGCUGCCCAGCGUGCCGCACCCGCUGCUGUUUGCGGCGCCUCCCCUGGUGACCAGCCAACAAAAAAUGGGUUGCUGGCUCCAGCGCUAUAACAGCGUCCUAGCAGCUAUCGACAAGCAUGUGCCCAAAGAGGCUGCCCCUGCCGAGGGUGAGGAGGCAGCAGAGCCGGCAAAAGUGCGACGGCGGCUGUGGCUGCACGGCAACCUGCGCGACAGCCCCGGUGUGAUAGGCCUCGGCCGAUGCGCGCGGCUGGAAGCUCACGGCGACAACUUGCGCUGGAUGCUGGAUGCACAUCACCCCUCCUCCGCUCCCACCUCCUGCACAGGUCUCUCCGCUAAGGCCGGCCCCAAGCUAAGCGCGGAGCAGAUGCUGGCAAUUGCCGGCCGGCUAGACUUGGUUAACAAUAUGUUUGACAACGGCGUCCACGGAUCCCUGCGCAUCUCACUGGUAGAGCUGGAUGAGUUGGAGAAUGCAGCCGCGGCCGAGACAGCGCCAAAGAUUGGGGUGCACCUGGACAUUGCCUCUCCCGGAGACAUCUCCUCGUUCAUGUGGGCCCACAGCCAAGCACCACCGGCAUGCCUGUUGCAAUGCAACGUAGCAUUUGGGGCCUUGAACUUCCGCGAUGUGAUGUUUGCCUAUGGCAAGCUGAGCAAAGACCGCAUGAGCCACGCGCACGGUGGCUACCAGAUUGGCCUCGAGUUCUCCGGCAAGGACAAGGCGAGUGGCAAGAGGGUCAUGGGAAUGACGCCCCAGAACUCAAUUGCAACAAUGGUGGCCUCAAGGCCGCAUGCGUUGUGGGACGUGCCGGACAGCUGGACCCUGGCGCAGGCCGCGACAGUGCCGGUGGCGUACGCGACGGCAUACUACGCACUAGUCAUCUGCGGACGGCUGCGGCCGCGCCACCGCGUGCUCAUCCACUCUGCGGCCGGCGCCGUCGGCCUGGCCGCCACGCGCAUCUGCCUCGCGCGGGGCUGCGAGGUGUUUGCGACGUGUGGAUCUGUGGAGAAGCGCGCGUUCCUCCUGGAGGCGUUCCCUGCGCUGAGGGGGGACCGCAUCGGCGACUCACGCUCGUGCGCGUUCGAGGAAGUAGUCAUGCGCGAGACCGGCGCCGCCGGCGUGCACCUUGCUCUGAACUCCCUCGCCGGUGACAAACUGCAGGCGACUGUCAGGUGUCUGGCGGACGGAGGGCGCCUGCUGGAGAUUGGCAAGUAUGACAUUCUGCAGGGAACGCCCCUGAGCAUGGCGCCCCUGAUGCGCAACAUUGCCUUCGAGGGCGUUGACCUGGACAGGAUCGUCAAUUGCCCCCACAACAUUGCCAGGGCGUGGGAGGUGCACGCUCUGCUGAAGGCAGGACUUGACAGCGGCGAGGUUGUGCCAUUGCCGCUGAGCAAAUUCUCACGCAGGGAGGCUGCCGAUGCCUUCCGGUUCAUGGCUGCUGGUACCCACGUGGGCAAGGUGCUGAUCCAGAUGGGCGCCAAAGCCGAUGCCGCGGAGGCUGCUGCCGAGAAGCCAGAAUAUUCAAAGUUAAGUUCGAACUUCAUGUGGCCAGCGCGGCCCGCCAAGCCAUGGGUGGAGCAGACUCCCGAGGCAGCAGAGGCCCUUGGGAUGGCGCCUGCUGUUGCAGAGGAACCGGUUGCCAAGCCCGUCUUCUUCUGCAGGCCUGACCGGUCGUACAUCAUCACGGGAGGACUGGGAGGUUUUGGGCUGGCGCUGGCGGCUUGGCUGGCCGACCGCGGCGCGUGCAACCUGCUGCUGACGUCCAAGCGUGGCAUGCGCACCGGCGGCCAGCUCAGCAUCGUGCGCAUGCUGCGCAGCCGCGGUGUCCGGGUGGAGGUGUCAAAGCUUGAUGUGGCUGAUCUGGGCGAGGCGCAGCAGAUUAUAGCGCUGGCAGAGGGCGUGGCACCCGUAGGAGGCAUUUUCCACCUGGCCAUGACCCUGCAGGACCGCUGGAUGUCCAACCAGACGGGUGAGAGCUGGAACUUGGCUGUCAUUCCCAAGGCGCAUGGCGCGGUCAACCUGGACAGCGUGUCCCGGAGCCUGCCCCACCUGGAGCACUUUGUCAUCUUCACAUCUGUUGUCUCCUCCAUCGGAAACGAAGGUCAGGGCAAUUACGGGUACGCCAACAGCGCGUGCGACAUGCUGUGCAUGUCCAGGCGGGCUGCGGGCUUGCCGGCUCUAGCACUGGCAUGGGGCCCCGUCGACCACGUGGGAUAUGUGGCCGAAACUCUCAAGGGCAGACUGGUGGGGCGGGUGUUUGAGUGGCUGCUGCCGCAGCCGGUGGAUGACUGCCUGCGCGUGCUUGGCAGCUGCCUGCUGGGCGGCAGUCAAGUCGCGCCGAUCAUGUGCAGCACCGCGGAGACGCUUGGCUGCAGCUCUGCCACUUGCAAGGAGGACAUUGACCUGGUAGAAGCUGUCCUGAGCCUGAUGGGCCUCAAGGCGGGCACAGUCAGCGAGAAUGACAGCCUGGCAGCUCUUGGGAUCGACAGCAUGCAGCUGGUGGAGGUGCGGGCAGUAGUGCAGAAGAAGCUGUGCCGACCGGUACCGCUGGAGUCCAUCGGCACACUCACGGUGGCGGCCCUGCGCGAGCUGGCUUCGCAGGUCUGA